UCGGUUGCCAAAAGAAGAAGUUCUCGUUACAUUUAGUACGCUGCUGCCUCUCAGCGUACAGAACAGUUUACACUGGACCAGCUUGUCCAGGGCAUUAAUUUGUUUUCUCUGUAUUACGAACGUGUAAAUGCGGUUAGUCAGUUCCUCCACAGAAAUAGCUGUUUUGGAUUUGUCCGAAGGACCGCGGAAGGCGAGCCCGAAAAGAUUCGAGGACGUGCGACACUUGAGAGUUUUAGCAAACAACCUCACCUUUGGUCGCACUCCUGCCUGUCUGUUAGCUAUUUGACAAGAGGGUGAUUUUCUACGGUCCGAGGAAACAUGAGCUUUCUUUUUGGAAACCGUUCAUCCAAGACGUUCAAGCCCAAGAAGAAUAUACCGGAGGGUUCUCACCAGUACGAGCUGUUGAAACAUGCAGAGGCUACGCUGGGAAGUGGAAACCUGCGCAUGGCGGUCAUGCUGCCCGAGGGCGAAGACUUAAAUGAGUGGGUCGCAGUCAACACUGUGGAUUUCUUCAACCAGAUCAACAUGCUGUAUGGAACCAUCACAGAUUUCUGCAGAGAGGAAAGCUGUCCAGUCAUGUCUGCUGGGCCGAAGUAUGAGUACCAUUGGGCGGAUGGCACCAACAUCAAGAAGCCCAUCAAAUGCUCCGCUCCCAAGUACAUUGAUUACCUCAUGACCUGGGUGCAGGACCAGCUGGACGAUGAGACACUUUUCCCUUCAAAGAUCGGUGUCCCCUUUAAGCGAAACUUUAUGUCGGUGGCGAAGACCAUUCUGAAGCGCCUGUUCAGGGUCUACGCUCACAUCUACCACCAGCACUUUGACUCCGUGAUGCAGCUGCAGGAGGAGGCCCACCUCAACACGUCGUUCAAACACUUCAUCUUUUUUGUUCAGGAGUUCAACCUGAUCGACCGUAAAGAGCUGGUCCCGCUUCAGGAGCUGAUCGAAAAACUGACAACCAAGGACAGAUAAACGGCGAUGUAAUCUUUCAUUGGUCUUCUAAUUUUUGCACAGAUACCCAUCCCGCCCUGGCUGUAUGUAUGCAGUAGAUACUAUAUUUCCAUACGGGGGGGAAACGUUUUUAAGAAGGCCAGGAAGAAGGCAGGAUCUUGGCAGGUUUAAGGCACCGGGGACUAAUGCCAUCAGGGAUGACGCGCUCAAUUGAACAAACCAUAGAUUAGCAUAUGGGAGGAAAUGGUUUUUUGCUGUAUGGAAAGAUCCCCACUAUUCAGUCGUGGCUGACACUAAGGAUACCAUAGACGUGGGUUCAUUAGUUUUCUAUUCUAAUGCACAGAUUCUUUCACUUGAAUUUCUGAAAACACCAGAUAUUUUCACGCUCUUGCAUUCCCGUUUGUAACUUGCGUGCAGGGAGGAAGAGUGUUUCUGCAGAGUUGCUGUAUUGUAAUAUUGGUAUAUUUGAUGGUGUUAUGGCAAGAAUUAAAACCAGCCUUUAAGCCUGAUCGCCACACUAGUUUAGUUAUUUUAUUCUUUAGUCUACAUAGAAGGAUCUGGGUUGCGUCUGUUACUUUUCACAUAUAUAGAAAAUAACCCUAAGUGCCUCGCAUGGCUCAUAAUUGCCCUAUUUCAACCGUGAGCGCUGGAAGAAGAUAAAGGCCAUAUGCCACUGACUUGAUUGACAUGGCAUCAAAUUUUACACACCACCUCUUGAGUUUUUUUUUUUUCUUUCUUUUUAAAACCAUACUCCUCACCAACCUUUCCCCUAUUUAGUUAGUGUUUUUACUAAGUGUUGUGUGCAGGUUAUGAUCAAUGAAUGUGUUGAAGGACGUAGAAGUGAGGCUAGGUAUUGUCGUAGCAGGGAUUCCUUUUAGCCUUUUCUAGUGACCUGUUCCCUCAUGACCUAAAGUAUAAAUGCAUUUUUAGGAAAGUCUAGGGAUCUAAAACCUUAAAUUGUAUAUAAAUGUCCUAAUAGAAGUAGAGACCUGUCUUUAAAGUCCAAACAGCCACAGUUAAUUGAAAAAACCCAUUGGAUUAAGCUGCUGCGUCCCUUGUUAUCUUGCCGGCCACAAAGCACUUUGAACUAUUUUCCUGACCUCUUUUGCCUGAAUGUUUUUUUUCAUAGACUGCUUUUGAGAGAAGUCGUGUGACCAAGCAUAGUUUAUUUCCCCCAAAUGAAUGUCACAACAAUGGCUGAGCCCCCGUCGGAUCUCAAAGUGUAGUUUGCUAUGCAAUAAUUGACGACACUAAAAGGUUUACCAGUCGGCUCGCUCCUACUUUCUCAAAAUGUUGCGUUUUAUCGUGCGUUCAUUCAGGUGUACGGUGGAAAAUGAAUUCUCUUCAAGGUGGGGUUGAAAGAUGAACAGUUUAUAUAUCUUUAUAUCAUUAGUUAGAGGCGUAAGCUUCAACGCACACGUGUAAAUACAGAGGGUUAGACCUGUCUUAAAGAUCUUUUUUCUUUUCAGCGAGCAUGGAGGGGUAGCUUUUGGUUUAAAGAAUGCGUCAAGUCUUUUUAGAGGCUUCUCCCCCCCCCACCCCCACACCCAGAUAUUAAAAUCUUGUUUGUUUUUAUUGUGGAGUGUCUUUUUUUUCCCGCAUUCUUAGUUAACUAUUAUGAAUGUUACUGCUCACCAGAUAUCUGAAAAUGUAAUAGAAAAUAUGUCGUCCCGGGACGAGUCUCAUCCUCCUGAAAUGCCCACAACAUGUUGCCUACAGCUUGUUCCUCCUGGACUGUAAUAAGUGAUGAAAUGUGUGUGUGUGUGUGUAUAUAAUGGCUUAAUAGGGGUUUUCAAUGCUACUGAAUUGAUUCAUGCUGUUUACAAGGAAAAUAAAGGUGGUCUUGACUCUU